AUGGUUCGUGUGAUGAGAAUUCCACCACGUGACUUCCUCGUUUUCCAACUCCUCCACCGCCGUCGCCUCGCGAAAGGUCGAAUUGAACGGGAAAAUAGCGAUAAUCGGGCCAAUUGGAACAAUUCGGAAGCCAAAAUCGCCUGGGAAAAUCUUGGCAUUCAUUCAACAACACUGAAACGGUCAGUUGCUAAAAAGAUGGUGGGAUCUCUUUUCUUUCUAAAAUCUUCAAAAUCAUCACUACUCUUUCUCUCUCUCUCUCUCCCUUUCUCUCUCUAUCUCUCGCUUGAAUCACUUCUCUCUUUCACUCUCUCCUUGAACCAUUUCUCUCACUAUUACUUAUCCCCCCUUUUCUCUCUCUCUCUCUCUCGCUCUCUCUCUCUCUCUCUCUCUCGCUCUCUCUUUAACCCAUCUUCUGGUUCUCUCUCUCUCUCUCUCUCUCUCUCUCUCUCUCUAUCUAUCUAUCUAUCUAUCUCUCUUUCGUCACUCUUGCUCUCUCUCUCUCUCUCUCUCUCUCUCUCUCUCUCUCUCCCUCGUUACGUUGACUGUCGACUCUCUCCUAUCGCCUUUCUGACUCACCAUUCCAUAAAGCUCUGA